AAAUGGCAAAGUGUGGAAGAUUUUAUUAUGAAUUGAAUUCAGACUUAUGUCAGCAUUUGCAAUUUAAUUAAAUAAAUUCUUUGUCAGUUUUGGGAACACUUGUAAUUCCAAUAUCAAUAGGAAUAUUCAAUACUAUUGGUUUGGGUGCAUAAGGGUUCUAGAUUUUUAUUUUAUUGUUGGCAUUAAAUUAUGGAAAGAAAGUAUAAAAUAAAAUGAAUAAUAGGAUGCAUCUUUGAUGAAUCAACCUAUGUAAUUAGCAUAAUAUUUUCUGACAUCUAUGGAGAAUUUGAGAAAAAGGAAAUAACCAAAUUAACCAGCAGUAAAUGAAAAUUUGGUAUUGUUACUAGUACCUAUGAUGAUAUCAGGUUGUACAAUAGGAUUACAUUCAAAGUAAAAGUUGAUUUAAUUAAUUAUUAGAGAUUACAUACCAACAUUCUUUACAGCAAUAAUAACUAUAAUAUCUUUGUUAAUGUUGAUGGCAACAACUUAUUCAAAGACAAAGUAAGUAAGAAAGAUCGAGUAAGUAGCUACAGAAGAAUAAAUAAAGAACUUUGAGGAUGAUUUUAUCAAUGUUGGAGAUGGUAUAUUGAUUAAUGUUGAACAAUUCUUUUAAUAAAUAUAAAGUUCAAUUAGAAGAGAAUCUUUUAUUAAGGUACUACCUUAAGAGAUUUUGGAGAUGGAUUUAACUAUUGAUGAACAUAAAAUAAAGGCUAAAGAUUUUUUGAAUUAAAAUAAAGAAAUUAGUUAAUAAAUUCAUAAGAAAUUAUCAACUAGAUCAAUUCCAAAAUUAAAAGUGUUUUUUUAUGCACUUACAAUUCUUAUAAAUAUAGGUUUAUUAUUUAAAACAACAGAAAUGCAUGUUUGUGAUGUAGAUGUAUUUAGAAAUUUCAUGAUGUAAGUUUGGCAUAGAAAUGAAUAAUAAAUAACAUAUAAUGUCAUAUUAUUUUUUAUUCUAGCUUUUGUUACUAAAACAUUUGACAUUAUAUUGUUGUUAUAAUUAUUUAUUUCAUCAUAUAUAUUUGGAUUUUUAUUGGGUUCAGUAGGAGCAGCAGCUUAAAUUGUAGUGAUAAUUUUAUUAACAAAAUUAAAGAGAGUUUAAGUAAGUACUGCAGAAGUAUCAAUGACACUUCCUAUAAUUAUGUUUUCAGUGACUUUAUCAAGUACAAUUAUAUCAUUAGCUACUGGAAUGAUUCAUGAUAUUUGUGGAGUGAUUGCUAUAUUCCUAUUUUCAAUUAUUGGAUAAAAAAUAGUCAAACCAAAAGUAUAAAGAUUUGUUAAACCACUUUUUGCAUUGCAUUUAGCAUUUUAUUUUUAGAUUGUAAUGUUAAUAGUCUUCCUUGCUACUUAAUUCUUAAGGAACAAAGAAAAGGGAUGGCAAGAUUUGUUCAUUCCAAGAGUAGUAUGUAAUAGUACCUGAAUUAUUUUAUACAAC